CAAUGGGAUCAGACAAGUACUCGGUGAUAUUGCCAACGUAUAACGAAAGAAAAAACUUGCCCAUCUUGGUGUAUUUGUUGGCUGAGACCUUCAAGAAGAACAACAUUGAAUGGGAAGUAGUCAUUGUGGACGACAACUCCCCCGAUGGUACACAAGUUGUCGCCAAGCAGCUUAUUGACAUCUUUGGUGCGGACCACAUUCAAUUGAGAGCUAGAGCUGGAAAGUUGGGUUUGGGUACAGCUUAUGUCCAUGGCUUACAGUUUGUCACUGGUAACUAUGUCAUAAUCAUGGAUGCCGACUUCUCGCACCAUCCAGAAGCAAUUCCUGAAUUCAUUGCCAAGCAGAAGAGUGAAAACUUUGACAUUGUGACCGGAACAAGAUAUGCCGGUGAUGGAGGUGUUUUUGGUUGGGACUUAAAGAGAAAGUUGGUUUCCAGAGGUGCCAACUUCCUUGCUGCCACAACAUUGAGACCAAACGUAUCUGACUUGACUGGCUCUUUCAGAUUAUACAAGAAGGAUGCUUUGGCUAAAAUAAUCGAAGUUACCCAGUCCAAGGGAUACGUUUUCCAGAUGGAAAUGAUGGUGAGAGCCAGAUCAUUGGGAUUCAAGAUUGGUGAAGUACCAAUUUCUUUUGUCGACAGAUUAUACGGUGAGUCUAAAUUGGGAGGCGAUGAAAUCGUUGGUUAUUUGAAGGGUGUUUGGACUUUGUUUACCAGUGUAUAGUUGGUAAUGUACAUUUAGGAAUAG